GGUUUAGCCAUCCCCCCACUCUAUUUAUACCUCCAUUUUCUCUUCUUUCUUGCCCCAAAGCACACUCACUCAUUCUUUCAUCUGAAUCUGUCUCCUUAUACACUUUCUUUAUCCCAAGACCAAUCACAAAACGCAUUUUUGAGUUCUGCCUUCUACCCUUUAAAAGCUAUGGCUUCUUCCUCAUGUAAUUGUGCCAAACCCCAGAUUUCCCAUCCUCUUUCCUCUGCCUCCUCAUCAACGGUACAUUUGGGCCACUCUCCAACAUCCAUCUCCUGGAACAGUCGGCAGCCCAACAGAACCCACAAUAUCAGCAUCAUUCACUCUGCUUUGCACUCUCCUUCAGUCCUCCAUUUCCCAAAACAACCCUACCAAAACCCCUUAAUCCCCAUAGAAGACGACUCUGUAAAUGUACAAGUACAACCUAAAACCCACCGCCACCCACAGUGGAACCUCCUCCAAAGAGCUGCAGCCAUGGCACUUGACAUGGCUGAAAGCGCCUUGGUCUCACUUGAGCUUCAACACCCACUUCCUAAAACCGCAGACCCACAUGUGCAAAUCUCCGGAAACUUCGCUCCCGUCCCUGAACAGCCCGUCAAGCAGGCCCUUCCUGUCACCGGCACUAUCCCUUCUUGCAUCAACGGCGUGUAUCUCCGCAAUGGAGCCAACCCUUUGUUCGAGCCCGUUGCAGGUCACCACUUCUUCGAUGGUGACGGCAUGGUACACGCCGUUACCAUUGAUAAUGGCAACGCCAGCUAUGCUUGUCGUUUUACUGAGACACAAAGAUUUUUACAAGAGAAAGAGUUGGGUCGCCCUGUUUUCCCUAAAGCAAUCGGUGAAUUACAUGGCCACUCAGGGAUUGCCAGACUCUUACUUUUCUAUGCCAGAGGCCUUUUCGGCCUUGUUGAUCACAAACAAGGCACUGGGGUAGCUAAUGCGGGCUUAGUUUACUUCAAUAAUCGACUUCUAGCUAUGUCCGAAGAUGACCUUCCUUACCACUUGCGCAUCAGUCCCUCGGGAGAUUUGGAAACCGUUGGAAGAUACAAUUUUGAUGAUCAACUUGAAUCUACAAUGAUUGCACACCCCAAAAUCGAUCCUUUUUCCAAAGAACUCUUUGCUUUGAGUUACGAUGUUAUCCAAAAGCCCUACUUAAAGUACUUCAAGUUUCAACCUGACGGCACAAAAUCACCGGAUGUCGAGAUCCCUCUAUCCAUGCCAACCAUGAUGCAUGAUUUCGCCAUCACCGAGAAUUUCGUUGUGAUCCCCAAUCAGCAAGUGCUGUUCAAGCUGCAAGAAAUGAUCUUCGGUGGCUCGCCAGUAAUUUACGAUAAGAACAAGAAGUCUUCCUUCGGGAUUCUUUCUAAAAAUGCAAGUGAUUCCAAGGAUAUAAUAUGGGUUGAAUCCCCUGAUACUUUCUGUUUUCAUCUAUGGAACGCUUGGGAAGAGCCGGAAUCGGAUGAAGUUGUAGUGAUUGGUUCUUGUAUGACACCUCCCGACUCUAUUUUCAAUGAAUGUGAUGAGAGUUUGAAAAGUGUGUUGUCCGAAAUUAGGCUCAAUUUGAAGACAGGUAAGUCCACACGUCGCCCAAUAAUCUCGGAAUCGGAGCAAGUGAACUUGGAAGCUGGAAUGGUGAAUAGGAACCGGCUUGGAAGAAGAACACGGUAUGCUUAUCUUGCCAUUGCUGAACCAUGGCCAAAAGUGUCGGGAUUUGCCAAGAUUGAUCUUUUUACUGGGGAGGUAAAAAAGUACAUUUACGGCGAUAAAAAAUUUGGUGGGGAGCCGUUUUUCUUGCCUCGAGACGAUAAUUGUGAAUCAGCUGAAGAUGACGGUUAUAUUAUUUCCUUUGUUCAUGAUGAAAAUAGUUGGAAAUCAGAACUCCAAAUAGUAGACGCCAUAAAUUUACAACUUGAAUCUUCGAUUAAAUUACCAUCCAGGGUUCCAUACGGGUUUCAUGGAACGUUUAUAGACGCCAAAUCCUUGAUCAAUCAAGCUUAAUUAGACUAGGAUUAAAAAAACUAGUGUACAGAGAUUUUUACCAGGAGGAUCUUGAUUCUUAUAGAAAUUUUACCCUCCCCUAAUCUUUUAGGUUUGAAAGGAGCAGCCUAUAGCUUUUCAGCAUUGUAGCUCAGGUGGAUUCUGUUUCCCUCCUCUGCAUGAGUAUCAUUUUUUAUCUGUUGAACAUUUGCUUCUCUAUUUACAAUUUUAGAGUGUAGAGGAAACAAAAUAAAAUUGGACCGCUUCGAUUGUCCCCAA